AUGUUUCUCUCUCUCUCUCUUUCUCUCACUCUCUCUCUCUCUCUCUCUCUCUCUCUCUCUCUCUCUCUCUCUCUCUCUCUCCCUCAAUUUUUUAUUUAUUUAUUUAGUUUUUUUUACACUAAGCUUGAAAAUUUCUUCUUUUUAAAUCUUUUCUUUCUUCUCCUUCGAUUUCCUUUUGAUGCCUUUUCCUUCCUUUUCAUUUCUCGUUUUGAUGCCUUUUCUUUCCUUUUCAUUUCUCGUUUUGAUCCCUUUUCCUUCUUUUUCAUUUCUCGUUUCUGUUCCUUCUCCAUCUUCAUUUUUCCUUUGAAAUCAUUUAAUUCUUCUCUUUUGUUUUUUUUUCUUUCUUUUUCAUCUCCUCUAUUCUUUUUCUUGUUCUUCAUUUUUCCUUUAAAAUCUUCUUCAGAAGCCAUUUUCUUUAUCUAUUUCUUUUUUCAUGCUUUCAUUCUCUGUUACAGACAUAAGCGCAAAUGUUCAACUAUCUGUUCACUUAAUAUUUCCUUAACUCACGAAAUCUCUUUCAAUUUUAUUGCCCACCCUCUCUCUCUCUCUCUCUUUCUGUCUCCCCCUCCCCUGUCUUUCUCUCUACCCUUAUCUCUUUAUCUCUCUCUCUCUGUCUCACCCUCUCUCUCUCUCUCUCUCUCUCUCUCUCUCUCUUGA